UAUUAUUUUUGAUUCUUGAUUUAUCCUUUGAAAAUCUCUUGAUAACUGUUUAAUGUUUAAUGUUUUAGACAAAUAGAUGUGCUAGACAUCAGACGUAACACAGCACUAUGGUAAAGUAUUUUGGAGGGAGGGAUUUUAAGAAGUUCUUUAUUAGAACAAAAUGUCAGUUUUAAAUGGCCAUAAGACAUUAUAAGAUAGUAAGGUAGUGAAAGGAGUAGAAAGAGGGGAGUAAGUGGAAUAGGAUAGGGAUUGAUAGAAAGGAAGGGUUAAGGACAAAGGGGGGAGUACAUCAAGUGAAAGGUACUUAUGUGUCUGGGGAAGGAGAACAGGCUGUUAAUUGAAAAGUUGUGGGAUUCCAUGAGGAUGUUUGACAGGGUUGAAGGGGUUGGGGAAGAGAGGAUAGACUUCUAUAUUGAUUAGAACAAUAGUCUUUGUAGUGACAGGCUGUAGAUACUACAUUGAUGCAUUAUUUUCCUAGGAAAGGGAAUAAAUUUGUGUAAAAAUCCAAAGCUUCACUAUUAAUGGAUAUAUAUCUGAGUUUUUGUUGGUGGUUGCUAUUUCCUUAAAUCUGGUGUGAUAAAGAGUAAAAGUGAUGGCCAUUUUAAUUAUAUAGUUAUGAAUAGCACAAAACUUGCUUUUUCAGCACUCUUGAUAUCACAUUUUGUACCUAAAUAACCUUUUCAGAAAAAAAGAGGCAUUAAAGAGUGUUUCCAUGGGUAUUGCAAAAGAAUAGCAGUUCACCACAUAUAUUUUCUCUGACCCCAUAUUCCCAAGAAAAUGUUUGUCCUAAUGUAAUUUGUCAUGUUUUUUUACGUGAAUCAAUAUAGAGCAGAAAUUCAACAGCACCAUUAAGUUCUGUAGGGUAAGCAUUACUGUGAUAUUUAUUCAAAUAGUUUGCCAUAGGUUAUGUAUGUUUUAGAAGCCAUGACAGAGGUUCACUUUAAUUGACCUGUGGUAAUAUGAUUUUCAGUUUUCAUAUUUUGUGCACUAUGGUUUAACAGUUUUCUUGUCCUCUGAGGUCUUGCAAUGUGAAUUUGGGUUUCUUAGCAUAUGCAGUAACCUCAAAGUAACAAGUAAUGUCCAGGUAGGGCUUAACAGCAAGCCAAUUUGUUUUGGUGCUAAGGUACUGCACCCAUUGUAAGAACCUCCAAGGAAAAUAUCCAGAGUUAAUUUUUCCCAGUCAUAUGAGAUAACAAUUAGGAUAAGUAGACAGAAGAAGAGAAGGAAAAGGAAAGAGGGAGAAAAAAAGACUACGUAAACUUAAUUGCGGCAAGGGCUGAGGUCCAAGGUAGGGGUGAUCCCCUGCCUUGCGACUCUGUCUCCCUGUCUCCUGUGGCUGUGGAGAUAUAGUGCAUUAUUUAUUGAAAAUUUUCUGUUGUGUCAACAUCUUAGGCCAUUAACAAUGUAUUCAAAAUAUAGCAAUAGGGAUAGUAUCAUGGUGAAGAGGGUAAAAAUGAUUAAUGAUUAGUUAAUGAUUAGGAUAAAUGGACAGAAGGGGUGAAGGGAAAAGGAAAGAAAAAAAGACAAAAUAUGCAAAGAAGUUGAGGAGAGGGCCGAGGACCAAGGUAGGGGUGAUCCCCAACCCACACCCCCACACAACAACAAGAAGCAAGAGAUUAGGGGGGUUAUAAUAUAGAUGAAGUAGCAGAUACUUUAUCUCAAUCUUAUAAGUAUUGACUACAAUUUACUGAACUUUAAACUUUUCAGAAAAAGUAAGGCAGUCCAAGCUCUCCCCAAGCCCAGUUUAGCUCUGAACUGUGUCAGUGGUCGCAAUGGGACAGAGAUCUUGCGGCAGCUGUCACCCCAAGGUGUUAUGGUCACUUAUGGUGGAAUGUCAAGAAAGCCUGUCACUGUUCCCGUUGGUUCCCUGAUCUUCUCAGAUGUGACUCUGAAGGGAUUUUGGAUGACCCGCUGGAAUAAGGCCCAUUUUAGUCACCCAGAACGAGAGCAAAUGUUAGCUGAACUUUUUGACUUGGUGAAGCAGGGUAAGCUGUGUCCACCUGAUCAUGCAAUGGUCCCCUUUCAGGAUUAUAAAACUGCUUUAAAAGAUGCUAUGCCAAGUGAUGGUAUGGUUGGUAAAAAACAAAUACUGGUCUUUCCUUAGAUAUGAACAAUCAAUUUUGCUGUGCAAAAGAGUAAAAGAAAUAUUGACAGUUCUAAACCUGUAUAUUGAAUGGGUUAUCUGUUUGAAUAUAUGCUAUGUAUGGUUGAAUACAUUAAGUGGGGGUUAGCUGCUAAUAUCCUUAUGAUGUACAUAAAGUUCUGGAAGCAAUAUAUUUAUUUUAUGACCAUCUUUUUUCUUUUUCCUUAAAUUUUGUUAAAAACACUUUCAUUUUCAACAA